AUGAACUCUGAACUGGAUCAACGGGACACCGCCUUCUCCAGAGACGAAUUCUCUUUACUUUUGGCGGAACCCGCGCUGAAGAGCCUAGAGCAGCGCUGCACCGACUCUGAGCUGCGAGAGUGGCUCUCGCUUCUUGUCGCACACUACCGAACUACUGAGUACCCCGAGCCAAGGUUUCUCGAUGAUACGCUGGAAACGCUACGACGAUGUAUAGCAAAUGCCGUUGAAGAGAAUAGAGAGGCGCAACUGCCAGAGGGUGAUAUUUACGAUAGCGCUGGGGAAACGGCUGGGCCGCUCGCUCUAGAGUUGCUGCUAUCAAGCCUCGAUCUCAUUGCCAAGUCGGUUCUGAAAAAUGCAGCUCUCGAAAUGCCAAGAGACCACGGAACAAGCGAGGCGUCGGAUCGAUCAGCCGCGUCAAAAGCUGCUGGAAAACACGCUAGUGCCGUUCGUUCAACGGCAUCCACUGCGCUGAGGCUCUUGAGCGGCCUCUUCUCUGCAGACGAUUCCCGCGUGGGGCCUGCCACCAGUGACGCGCCCAGCGAAAGCGCGUUGCAUGUCCUUCUACACAAGUUGCCGUGCUUGUUACAGCUCGUUGCCGACGGCUACCGUGCAAAUCCCGCGCUCUACCGCCGCUGCAAGUCCUUUGUGAAUAGUUUUCUAGCGGAACACCUCACCGCGUAUAGUUGUGCUUUAUGUAUCGCUAGUGCGGAUAUUUCGGAAGGAAAUGUUCUUCCAACGUCAGCUUCGCUCGGUUUUCUCGAAAGCAUCAUCAAGCUGAGCACCGGAUCCGAUACUGUGCCUCCAGCUGUUCUCUGCGCUUGUAUCAGUAAGCUGACGACUGCGAUUGCGCUUGAGCAAGCGCAACAGGGACAAGCAUCGUCCCGGAACGCUGGAGCGAGCCAGUCAAUACUUACGGAUCCUUCGCUAUCAACGUUGCCUCGUGCUGGACUAGCGCUAUCUGAGGUGGCGAGCGGGAAGGCAUCGAACGCUCCCAUGGCUAAUUCGAAGGCGCUAGCAGCUGAGCACAGGCAAAGUGCGCUCCAGAGUCGCGAGCAGCGUCGUGUGCUCGCUGUGUUUCUCGCUGGCGUUAGCGCCGAAAAUUUGAAACGCCUACAGAACCUCCAUGGACAUGCGCUCAUCGUGCUGCAGUUGUGGAUUGAUCACAUCAAGCCCAGUGACUUGGCCGCGGAUGAAAUGCUCUCAGCAUUCUCCAUGCUCAUGGAUGCUACGAUUCGGUACUAUCGAGAGCCAGUGUGCCCGCUGCUGCUUCUGCAAGCAGUGCAAAGUUUCGUGUAUCGCUGUUCUUCAGAGAGGGCCAAGUAUCCUCUAACUUUUCUUGAUCGUAUUCGCGCGGCAAUUGAGACGGUCAUCGGAAUUGCCGGUGAGGACUGGCAACCGCUGGGCGCCCGCGAUCCACAGCAGACGCAACAUGAGCGCAGCGUGCGAUUCGCGUUUUCCAGCCUCGGGUUGGAGUUCCUGACUGCGUAUGCGAUUCCUCUCGUCGAGGCCGUCUUUCGCGAGGACAAGACAAUGCGGAGGAAGCUCAUCAGUGCAAUAAGCGUAGUAGCAUUGCGCAUUCUCAAGGCUCCAUCGCCGGAAGACCCCGAAAACACGCCGCCGGCAAUCGUCAGGGAGCUGACGGCGGCAUUGGACCCGAGGCUGCACAGCUUAGGUCGGGGACUUGACGCUAUGGCCUACGACUGUGACAUUCAAAUUUAUGCGGAUGUAGCAGCGGGCUGGAGACCUUGUUUCGAGGGAGACCUGCAGGUCGCGUACAAAACCAGGGCCGCUCUGCUCAUCUACAAACUUUUAGAACCGUCCAUGUUGGAUGAUUUCGGAAAUGAAGUCACUGAAUCCAGUGAAUCUGGUGGGCGCUCCCAAUGGCGAGUGAAGGACUUGCAGGAGCGACUCGUUUCCGCGUUUGAAGACAUCGCCUUUUUUCGCUUUAAGAAUCGAAUGAUGCUGCUUCUGCUUGGUCAAAGCCUGGGGGCAAUUUUUCGACAUAGUGACUCGCUCCAGAUCGCUCUCAUCGGUGAAAGCAGCACCCGCAACCAAAGCCAGUCGGUAACCACAGCGGCACUGUUCCAGGCGCGAGACGUAUCCGCCGAUGAAGCGCGCUCCCUGCGGCGCAUCGCUUUCAUGCUCUUUCAUAGUCGCGUGGGUGAAUUUACGUCCCAAAGCCGGUCUCUACUGCGCAGAAUUGAAUCCGACUGGCGCAAAAAUGACGCGAAGGUGUCCGCGGCCUGUUUCCUGCUCCUUCGUGUCAUGCUUCUGCGCUUUCCGCCCGAGCAUCUGCUUGGCUCGCGGGCGACACUCUUGUCAGAAACCUUACGCAUAUUACGUGGUGCAACGGGAGAACCCAUUGCUGCUCUUGGCGCUAUCAAAUUCGUGGAUCAGCUCCUUUUGCUGAAUAUGCCCGAAUUCAGCUAUGUGCUACCCAUGUUCUUGGCAAUCGAACCUUAUGCCGACGGAUUCGCGCCCGAGCCUUUGCUUUCCAGGGGCAUAUUUGCGGAAAACGAGCCAUUCAGGAAGCCUGCGCAGAGCAUCGGCACGCUCUUGCCUCCGUACGCUGUUGGCCAGAGCGCGAAGCGUCAGGGAAAGCCGAUUCUCGUCGAACUGGCCGCAGGCGUCGAGGACUUUGGUGAUGCACUGCCCCCCGAGGCCGGUAGACCUAUCCGAAUAGAUCCUCAGCGGUUUCUAAGAUCGAGGCAAAAUCACUUAUCAGUCAGUGCAAAGGAGACUCCCCAGUCCUCGAGGAGUGUAUCGCCCACUGAGGCGCUACGAGCUCUUCGUAGUUAUGCGCUGCACCUGGAGUCUUCCAACGAGCAACGUCGUUGCGUCUAUAUCUUAGCCCUUUGCUAUGUGCGUGCUACCAGGAACCAGAGAAGAGAACUCGAUUCUGAUAUGAAUUCUACCGCUUUCCAGGUGCUCUUGGAGGGAAUCGUCUAG